AUGAGUUUUUCAGAUGAUUCAGAAGAUGAGGAGGAAAUCAAAAAGCGACUUUAUGCAGAUCUAGAUUAAGUGUCAGUCAAUGAUAAUUAGACUGAAAGGAGUUUCAUAUUUGAAUAGCACAAUUAUGAAACCCAUGAUUAUAAGCAAUCUAAAAUAUGGUUAGAGUUCAUGAAUCAAAAUAAACAGAGAGAGGAAAUGUUGGACAAGAUUGAGAACGAUAUUUAGUUGAUGAAGUAAAUUAAUCAAGGCAAUUAAUGUAUUGAAAUUGAAGAUUAUAAUGGGGAUCGUCUCAAAGUGGAACUAAAUGAUCAACUGCCAAAUGAGAUUAUUACUUAAAUCAAAGAACAACCCUAACAAAAAAUCAUUUUACACGAGGAAAUCUUGCUUCAACAAUAACCCACACCAAUCUUAGAUUUACAAAAAUCUAGCACUUCAUUAACAGUUAAUUAAAACUAAGUCCGAGCCCCAUCUGCUAAACAGACAAAACCCAAUAAAUAAAAUCUAUAAGAUCAAAAGCUAGAAUUAAUGUAUCAAUAAAGAGAGAUGAUGCAAAUGGAAAUUGAGGACAAUUAUUCUAGAGAAUAUUAAGACUAAUGGAUGAGAUAGCUAUUUAAAAAUAGACUCUACACUCUACCUGAAGAGUUCCCUGCCUUGAAACCAAUAGCAUUCCAAAUAAAAAUACCAGAUUUCAGUAUACCGGUCUUCAAAACUCCCUCAAUCUAGAUACCUUAAAUAUUGGAUUUGGUGGAAGACAAUCUCGCUCCAAGUAACACCAAAGAGUUGGUUUUCACGAGAUUACAGAAUAUUAAGUUUUAAAAAUUUAAAUAUGUUGAAACCCAACAAGAAGCAAAGCCAAACAAAGAACUCUAAUAAUUGUAAUAGAUUGAUUCUGAACUCAAAUAUAAUAUUGUCUAUUAGGAUUAUUUAAAGAACCAAUAGUAAUUGGUGUUGAGUGAUACAGUUGAAGACAUUUAUUGGAAAAAGGUGAAUAAUCUGCAUUAGGAUUUAAUGAAUACGAUUAAUAAGUUGAUACAAAAAUUUCCCAAGUACAAUUCUUAUCGAUCUCCUUUUACUGAGUACGAAUAGCCUAAAACGAAUUUAGAUAACAUCAGCAUUGCAGAAGAUAAUUCUAACUUGAACCUAUUUCAAUAAUAUAUUCAAAACAAUCAGGUUUCUAAAUAUACCAGGAAAUUGGAAAUAAAACUUGAAAACCUAACCACACUUGAUGGGAUUUAGGAAAUGAAGGAUAUAAGAAAGGUGAUCCUAUCUUGCAAUCAACUCAAUGACCUUUCUCCUCUUUCAGCAUUAAAUAAUAUAAUUGAAGUGGAUCUUUAAUAAAACAACAUUCAGUCAUAUAAUUAAUUAGGUAAAUUGAGUAAUCUAAGAAUUCUACGUCUCGAAAUGAAUCACAUCUAAGAAAUGAGUAAACUUCCAAACUGCCUAUUUCUGGAAGUGUAUUCUUUAAAGGGCAAUAAAAUUCACUCAAUGACUAAUUUGGAAAAUUUAGAGUUCUUGAAGCAAUUAUACCUUUAUAAAAAUUAAUUAAAGAGUGUAGGGAAUAUAUCAAAAUGUUUAAUUUUGGAGAUUCUUGAUUUGAGUUCAAAUCAAAUUGAAAUUGGAUUGAAUGAGAACCCUUUUAAAAACAACCAAUGCCUACGUAAAUUGAUUCUGACUAAGAACAAAAUAUAGCAUUUACCUGAAAUGAGACUGCUUUUAUUGAAUGAGUUGUAUCUGAACAAGAACAAACUUGAAUCCCUUGAUGGAAUAAUUUACUUACCCUCAUUGCAGAUUUUAUAAGUUUAAGAUAACCAAUUACAGACUUGUUAUGAUACUGAAUAUUCGAUCUCUUACAUUCCCAAUAUUUAGUAGAUAGAUUUAUCAGGCAACAGAAUUUAAUCCUUUGGAACCAUAAUCAAUUUCAUUCAAAGAUGCAAUGAAUUAAAACAAAUCAACUACCUCGAGAACCCGUUUUUGCUUGGUUUGUCUGAAGAAGUACUUCAAUUGUAUCGAUACAUGUUGAUUAUUAACUGUUCAUAGUUGAUUGAAGUCAACCAAGCACUAUUAAAUAAGAAGGAUCAAGAAUUCUUGAAAGACAAAUUUUACGGUUUUUUAGAACCUCCUUAACGAAGAUCGUAAUAGUUAGAUUUGGAGAGAAGUUUCAAUAAGUUAGUCAACCAAUUGAAUAACAACACUCAAAUAAUGCAUAAGAUUAAUGGAUUGGAGCAAAGGAAAAUCACGAAGAUUCAUCCCUUUACAUACACAGAGAGAUUCAAGAUCAUUCAAAUUUUAAAUGAUUUAACGUUUAUCAAGAACAACUUCUAGAUCAAUGUUGAUGUAGACAAAGAGAUUUCUGAUUUCAAUUUAAAAUAUUAGAAGUCCCUCUUUAAAGUUUAGUCAUUGUUAAUUAAAUGGAUUUACAGGUUCAAAAGAAGAUAAAAGUAUUAUAAGUCAAAAGUAAAUUAAUUGAUAAUUGUUCAAUCCUUAAUAAGGGGGUAUAUAGCAAGAAAUCAACCUAAUGUAAAGUAAUUUAGGCAGAAGAAUAAUAAGAAGAAAUUGCAUAUAUAUGCUAUUAGAAUUUAAAAGGCUUGGAGAAGAUACAUCAUCAGGAAAAGAAAAAGCGAUAGGAUGAAGAAUAUAAAGUUUGAAGACAGUGAAUUGGAUGAGUUAGGCGAGAUUGAUGUGGACUUUUUACAAUAAGAUAUUGAUCUUAAUUUUGACUUGAGAAUUCCCUAAGGAAUAGAUUUGUAGCAGGUUUUCAAAUAAAGUCAAAAUUAACAUCAAAUACUAUAACAAUAAAUCACUUAAUAAGCACAAUAAAAGGUUUAGUAACAAUAAGUGCCUUUUAAAUAAUCAGCUUCUAGCACCAAGAAACCACAAAACAAUGUCGAUGCCUAGAUGAGAACUUCUCAUCUAUCAGGGACUCAAUCGUAGUCUCAAAUGGGGCAAAGCAAAUACAGUGAAAAAACUACAAAGACAGAUUCUCUACCAACAAUUGGAGAACGUACUAAAAAAAUAAUGCAAAAUUGGAACUUUAAGGAUCCUGCUGUGGCCUACACAAUUGCUUGCAAGUUGGAGAAGGAACAGAAGAGAAAGAGCAAGACUAAGGAACUAAAUCAUUAGGAGAGAUUAGAGAGAUUUAAGAAACAUUGA